AAUGAGUUAGUUAACGGAAAGCUCAAAUAGAUUAAAUGAACAACAAAGCAUUCCUCAAGAAGAAAUAAUUGACAAAUCCUAAAAAUAAUCGACAUCUUCUCCUGAUAAAGAGAACUCUUAAGAAUUAUUUAGAUUGUAGAAAUAAUAAUUCAUACAAAAAAUGACAUCAGAUAACUAAACAAGACGUUAAAAAAAAGUAAAAUAUAAUUAUUAAACUAUUUAUAGAUAAUUGGAGAUAUUAAAGAUGUAUUAAAUGUCAAUAAAUAAAUUGUUAAUUUCGGAUUGGUUAUACCUGGAAAUAUUUGUGAAGAUGAUAUUCAAUUUUAAAAUCUAUCUAAUGAGACUGUAAUAAUAGGCAUAUAAGUAAUAUGCAAUAACACAGAAUUUGAUGAUCUAGAUGAAUAUGUUUAUUCAGCUAGAAAACUCAAUGGAUAUGAUUAUAAUGAUCGAUUUAUGCUUGCUUGUCCAGCUUAAAAAUAAUUCUCUAUGAAAAUAGCUUUAAAAGUUCCUAACAUUAAAGAAUAAAAAGGACUCUUUGGUACCAUUCUCAUCACAGCAUCUUAUUCUAAUCAUUAAAAAAUUUAAGGUUAAAUAAAUGCUUAAAUUUAAAGUCAAAUUACUAUUCCUUCUAUAGAAUGUCCUAAAACUUUAAUGAAUUGUAUAUAAUCAUUAAUAAAUUAGCUAUUUAUAAUCUACCAGUUAUUCAAAUGGCUUUUAAAUUGGGCAAGAAAUUAGAUUGUAAAAUCCCAUUUAGGAAUAAUAGUUUAAUAGGAUUACCACUUGAAAUGGAAUUUCUUAAUAAAAAUGAUAAUGAAAUACUAAUCAAUCCACCUACUCUUUCAGUAUAGGGUAAUUCUUAAUUCUUAGUUACAAUCUAUAUAAAAAGCAAAUAAGAAUAGAUUAUUAAGAAUGUUUUAAUAGUUAAAGUUAAAAAUUCCAAUGUGCAUUUUAGUUAUCCAUUCAUUAUCAAAAUAUAUUGA